UCGCGCAAUGUCUGUCUACAGCAGCAAAACGACCAAUACGUCCAUAUUGAAGUCCUUUUCCAGCGCAGAUCGUGAGCGCGUCAAGACAGCGGCUCUUAACAAGGUGCGCUUUGUAACGCCCAAGGAAAAGGGCAUCGUUGAAUCGGUGCGUGUCGCUUUAGAGGAAAAUAACUUCCAUUUGAUUCAGGAGUUCACAUACUUUCUGUGCGAGGCUGAUCUUAGUGAUGAUGAGGUUGUUCAAAUCAUGAAGGAUGCGCGCAAAAUCGUGCACAGCCUGACACCGGAAUUUGCCAAUCUAGUUGAGGCACUACUCUCACUUAACUGGAAGAAGUACAGCUCGGACGCCAUUCAGGCCUAUACAGAAUUCAGCGUCGAUGUUAUGAUUGCCCACAAUUCGUAUAUACAUAUUGGCAUUGGCAAAUUAAUAUUAAAUUGGAUACCUAAUGAUCAAGAAUCGGCGGAAUGGCUCAAUGGUUGCCCCUCGGAACGUGUACGAGCUGAACUGGAAACUGUGCACAGUUUACUCAAUCGCAUUCUCACCGCUGUGCCCAUGAGCUUUGAUGUGGUCAUCGAUACGAUCGCCUCUAAGUUUCCAUACUUUAAAAAGCCAGCUCAUGUCACAGCUGGCUAUUUGCACAAUGUACUGUGGCUCAUGGAAUACAAGCCGGUAUUCGAAGAGUUGUUAGUGCAGCUGGUUCUGCAGAAGCUGCUGGUGCUGGACGUUAAUGCACCACGAGAUGAAAUCGAAGCACUUAAGGAGGACACUGAUGACGAAGAUGAUAAAAUGGAAGAGCAAGCAAUUUUUCAAAUGGAUGAUCUAAACGCACCGCCCAAACCGCCACAAUCUCUAGAACAUCCAAUAGGCCAAAUGCUGGACAUAUGCCUACUGAAGCUUUUCAAAUUCCUGGAUGAUAAAUGCCGUCCGAGGCCCGAUUGCACCGAUGAUCAGCGUAUAGCCAAAAGUCGCUUCUUUAAGACGCUAGUCCACAUAUUCGAAGAGGUGUUGCUGCCCAGCCAUAACACUCACCACGUUCAGUUCGUCAUCUUUUAUGCGUGCAGCAUUCGCCCAGCAUAUACAGAGAUCUUUCUCAGCACUCUGUGGCAUAAGGUGCAGAAUCCCAAUGUUUCCUCGAUCAUUCGCCACGCAGCUGUUAGCUACAUAGCCAGUUUUUUGGCACGUGCCAAAUUUGUGCCUCUGAGCACAAUCACCUACUAUCUUAAGGAGUUGAGCAAUUGGGCAAACAACUACAUAAAUGACUCCGAUGAGUUUAGCAGCAAAAACUGUUCGCUCAAAGCGAACAUGGUUUUCUUCUCUGUUUGCCAGGCCAUCUUUUAUUUAAUCGCGUUUCGCGCGCGUGAUUUGACAAUCAAUCAAAAGAAUUUGGCUUUGCUGAAUACCCUGCAGCUGUCACGGCUGGCCAUGUGCCAUUUUAAUCCGUUACGCUACUGCCUUCCACCGGUGGCCACGGCAUUUGCGGGCGUCACACGUACCCACCAAUUGGCGUAUUGUCACACUGUGCUGGAGCGCAAUGCACGUCGCAAGCUGGCCACCAUCUAUGGCCAUGACAAGCUGAUGCCGGAGGAAACACUCGAAACUUUCUUCCCUUUUGAUCCAUACAUUCUACCACUUUCAAACAAAUUUAUAGAGCCGAGUUAUCUAGUCUAUAAGGUGCAUGAACUGGAGGAGACAGCGGAUUGUGUAAUAGCAGAGACUAUACGUCGCAAGCGUGGCGAUUCGGAAAUGAUUGAAGAGGAUGACUUCAUACUGGCAGAUAAGCGGCAGAAGCUAAGCGAUCUGUCCAAGAGUCAGCAAUUUGACAAACAGUUUUACUAUGGAGCUUCGCCUGGGUUUAACCAAUAAAAUGUGGGGACGUAGAUGUAAUAGUAAUUGAUAUUUAUGAAAUAUAGACUUAUAUUACUGAA